UAUCUAUAGACAUUUUAUUCGUUUGUAUGUAUGCACUCAGCUUACAUAUUAGUCUCAGUCGCAUGCGAAUGCGAAUGAAGAGGUUGUCAUAGUUGAUCGCACCUGCUUGCUCUAAUACCUCACUCAUGUCGUGAAUCACUCCCAGGUGGAUUUACCGUGUCUUGGUAUCGCUUCUCGUGUCUCUCAUGUCUCUCAUGUCUCAUCUGACUUACACCUACACUUCUUGAGAUUCCUCUCCUGUCAAACACACGUCCUGUCAAGCUUAAACCCCUCACUCGCGGCUUCCAGCCAACCUCCUUCCUGCAAACGCCCAAACCCAACUACACGUUCUGACUGAUUUCGAAAUAAACUUUGCAUGAAUACCUCUUCUAGUUAUAUCUUUAAAGCCGACUGGUUCCCCUGAACUGGGACAUACUUCUCUCUGUGAAUAUCAAUAUCCGUUGGUCACUUCCAAGCAGACCAAAGAUGCCUGGACGUCGCAGCAAUCCCUCGAUGGAGCUGAAGAGAGGCGUGGCCCCAGACGCUUUCUCAUCUGAUUCUGAGCGAGGCUUUGAGCAUAACGCGCAGCUGAAGAAUACUACUGUCAAGCAUUUUAUUUGGCAGGAUGUCACAGUUACGGUGCAGGACCGGGCCACCAAGCAGCCCAAGGAAAUCUUAGAGAAUGUGGAUGGAGUUGUCUUAGCUGGCGAGAUGUGUGCUCUGAUGGGCCCAAGCGGCUCUGGAAAGACAACUCUCUUGAACUUCCUCGCCAGACGCGACAACCCUGGAGCUGAUGCGACUGGCAUCGCCUCCGUCAAUGGAGAUGCCUUGUCCCUCAACGAGUUCAGGAAGAUGAGCACCUACGUUGAACAAGAGGACGCCUUGAUUGGAUCUUUGACGGUCAGAGAGACUAUGAACUUUGCUGCACGUUUGUCAAAUCCUGGUCUCACGAAGAAGGACCGCAUCAUGAGAAUCAAUGGUUUGAUUGACUCCUUUGGUCUCCGGAAACAGGAAGAUACCAUCAUUGGAACACCAAUUCGCCAGGGCAUCAGCGGCGGGCAGAAGCGUCGAGUCAGCGUAGCAAGUCAACUGAUUACGGCGCCAAAGAUCUUGUUCUUGGACGAGCCAACCAGUGGCCUCGACUCCGCAGCUAGCUUCGAAGUUGUCUCCUUCAUCAGGACAUUGGCAAAGCAAAACAAUUUGAUUGUGAUUGCCAGCAUCCACCAGCCAUCUACGCAAACGUUCUCUCUCUUCGAUAAGCUGUUACUCCUCUCAGCGGGCAAGCCACACUAUUUCGGGGCUGUGGAUGAUGUGGUUCCAUACUAUAUGGAGAUCGACCACCCGGUUCCAUUGCAUAUGAACCCUGCGGAACAUGCAUUGGAAUUAACUAACAAGGAUUUCGGAUCCGACCCAGUUGAGGCAGAAGAAGAAUUAUCCAAGCUUCAGACAGCCUGGUCUUCUAGUCCACGCGCCGAAGCGAUUUCCAGCCAGGUCACCUCCCACCUCAUAACUGCGGGCGAAGGCAAAACACAUAAUUCAAAGACUAGCUCCCAUGCUAAUUUUGUGGCGGUCACAGUUACUCUCGUCCAUCGCUCUUUUAUCAAGUCCUAUCGCGACGUCGUGGCAUACGGAAUACGCCUGGCAAUGUACAGUUGCCUUGCCAUCAUGAGUGGGACAGUGUGGCUACGCCUCAGCCCGGCCCAGACGUCUAUCCAGCCUUUCAUCAACGCUAUAUUCUUCGGAGCUUCAUUCUUAUCAUUCAUGGCCGUUGCUUACGUGCCAUCGUUUCUCGAAGACAGGCUAACUUUUAUCAAAGAGCGCUCAAAUGGCCUCUACGGCGCCGCUGCCUUCACACUUGCCAAUUUCAUCAUUGGCCUCCCAUACUUAUUCGGCAUUGCACUUAUUUUUACAUGUAUUUCAUACUGGCUGACCGGCUUCCACAAUACGGCCCCUGCUUUCUUCACCUUCGUCAUGUGGGUGUUCCUCGACAUGGUAGCCGCGGAGAGCCUAGUCGUUCUGAUGUCCUCCAUCUUCCCCAACUUCGUCGUCGCCCUCGCGCUCACAGCCUUUGUGAACGGACUCUGGAUGUGCGUCGGCGGUUUCCUGAUCCCCACGCCCCUCCUGAACGUGUUCUGGAAAUACGUGUUCCACUACAUCGACUACCAGGCCUACGUCUUUCAGGGGCUUCUGGUCAACGAGUUUGCCGAUCGUACGUACAAUUGCGACCAGAAUUGCCACUGCAUGUAUACCACGGAACUGGCCGAUCAAUGCAUGAUCUCUGGAAAGGGGGUCCUUGCUACGUUUGGGAUGCACACGGGUCAGACUGGCACUUGGGUGGGGAUCUUGAUUGGGAUUGUGGCUUUUUACCGACUUCUCGGGUGGGCUGUGUUGGCGGUCAAGCGCUGAUAUCUCCAAUAUCGCUAGUAUUACUAAUAUUGCUAAUGUUGCUAAUAUUGCUGGAAUUUGGUGUUUGAAGGGGGAAUAUAUAUCUAAAACUCAUCGGGAUUUGUUGUUUCGGGGGGCGUGUGUA